UCAGCCAUCCCGGGACUAAUUUCUCCCGCCAAAUUCUCCUCGACAGAACAGAGGAAAUGGAAACGCAGCCGUGGGAAGCAUUAGACGUAGACGAUACAGACCUACCCGUACUCGUUCGUUGCUCGGCGCUCCUCCCUUCCAAGCGUCCCCCGCCACCGCCACCGCCACCGCCGGCACCACCACCACCACCACCGUCACAACAACUACAACAACAACAGCCACCACAACCGGAAAGAAUCUACUCUUCAAACACACAGUCCCUCUCUCAAGAGCCCUGUUCUCAACUUCGCUGUUUUUCCCAAUCUCAACCCAUAACCCAUGAUUCAGAAGCCCUAGAGUAUCAUUCUAUACCAUCCUCACCUCGGGUUGAGGAGAGAGAGGAACCCUCCUCGACCAGUGCGCGUCGUCUCAUUCCUGGUCCCGCCGGUGCCGUUCAGGCCGCUAUGCACCGGCUGGACCGUAACAGGCAGAAUUUUUCCACCGGCGAAGAACGAAUCCCCACGCAGGAGUAUCUAAGGAGGGCCCAAGAAGAAGGAGAAGACGAUGAGGAUUUUAAGCGCAAUCCGUGGCUCUGUGCUAUUGACUUCCUUCAAUCUGAAGGAGCUGAUAUGGGGAAAGGUGGGGUUAUGAGAACCCCUUUGUGCUCGAUUAAGACCCGCUUUGGAUCUGAUAGGGUUCUUCAGGUUGUUGCAGUUAUCAAGUCCUGCACGUCGAAUGGGCUAGGUGACCUUAUUGUAACUCUUAAGGACCCUACUGGUACCAUUGGUGCAAGCGUUCAUCGCAAAGUCCUCACUAAUAGCGAAUUUGGAAGGAGCCUUUCUGUAGGAGCAGUUAUUAUUCUCCAAAAGGUUGCUGUAUUCUCCCCUUCUUGUUCAGCACAGUAUCUAAACGUAACACUGAACAAUGUGGUCAGGGUCAUAAGUAAAGAUUGUGGACCUUCUUCAAGAAGAACUUAUCCUGCAUCUACAGUGAGAUUUGCUUCUGCUGCUGCUGAUACAGGUGAGUGCAGGGGAAUCAGAUCUAGGAUGGCAGAGAAAUCAUCACCUGUGAGACGGAUAGCACCUGAAGAAAUUUUGAGGCAUACAAUUAGAAUGGAUGGAAAUGAAGUAGGGACAGUGGAUGCCGAUAGACAAUUGAAGAAACAUGAUCCAGCAAUUGGAAGCUUCAACUUUCACAGCAGUAGUAGGCAUGGAUGUGCUGCUGCAUUGGAGAAAUUCUUGGCAGUGAGACAGGAAACAAUUGAAAAAAUCUCCAAGGGGACUGCCAAAAAAGAUGCCAACAGUGAAGCAGAGAAAAUGGCCGAUAAUGGUAGAUGCCCAGAUGAAGGUACACCAUUGCAAAACAUUAAUGGCAUCAGUGGGCAUAAAAAUGCUUCUGUUGCAGAAAACUCUGUUAAUGAAUCUGAUGAGUGUGAAAUAGAAAGUAUUGGAAUUAAAAAUCAGAGGCAGCAGGAGAUUUCAAAAGCUUCAGUCCCACAGUGGACAGAUGAACAACUUGAGGAGCUUUUUGCAGCAGGUUUUGAUGAUGAUACCUUUCUGUUGUGACAAAUUUGUAAAUUUGUUGUAUAGAUGUCAAAUCACAUUUGCACAUUUGCAUUACCAAAAAAAAAAAAAACUAAUUAUAAGCAGGGAAAAACAUCUGAAUUCCAUUCUAUUUUA